UGGCAAGGAAUAUAUUAUGAUGAAAUUCAUGUGAUCAUUCUAAAUUGGUGUCAAUGAUUCUGAUUCCUAUUUGGAGGAUGAAGUACUCUGUUGUGAUCCACUGCUCCUCUUGGAUGCUUUCUUUCUUCUACUUAUUCCAUUUCACAUGGAUUUUAUUGUCACCGAUUUUCGCUGGAGAAUGAGUUUUGUUUGUUUGUUUUGUUGUCACUUAGGCGAGUUAGCUUCGAUUCAGUUUAGUGCAUGGGGUUGGUCUGUCAUGCUUCAUGAUUAUGUCAUUGCUUAAAGUAUAAAACUAGUUGGGGUGAUUGGGUCAGUUGUUAAACUAUAUACUAAAAAGGCAAAGACAAUAGACGGCAAACACUACCACCAGUCUUCAGUUACAUGUGUUUUGGCAAUGAACUGAUCACUUGUAUUAUGCCAAAAUUAAUUUUGUAUUGAACUAGUGGUGACUGGUGAGGAAGCCAGGUGGCGCACACACCAGACAUGAAUUAAACAAAUGAAAAGCAAAGUCUGUCUUAAAGUUACAAAAGUAAGGGGAAAAAAGAGGGACAAAUUGAGCCUUGAACAUGAAGUGCUUAUCUGUUUCUUGAAAUGUGCAGAUUCUGGUGUGCUGCUUCAAAUUAAACUGUAUACAUUCAGCUAAAUGGUUCUCACAUGGUCUAGAAGUAUAUACCAGUGUUCCAGCCACAACUACCCCGGCCUUUUGUCAACUGCCUGCCCUCGAUAUUAAAUGUGUGUGGCUUAAUGAUUUGGUCUGUAUUAGCAUCCAAUGCUUUAUAUGUUGCUGUCUUGUCUUUCCACCUGUUUUUCCGCAGCCUGCACUAUUUUUUAACCCCCUAAGAUGGGAUUACAGGAAGAACCUCAACCAAUGCAUAAAUAAUCCAGAUGCAAGUACGCACCAAGUUACAGGAAAUUACUGCAUAACUAGUGUCUUCAUACACCAGAACAAUACAAACAUUUUGAGGGACGGUAAUUACCAUUUGACAUGUAGAGUAGAGUAGAUCUCGUAUUGCAAUGCAAUGAAACAGUGUAGUACUGUGUUUUCGGUUGGUUAAAUAGUAACGGCACUGGUUUAUUGCUGUGUCUCUGCUUUCUGGUCCUGUUCGUCCUCUAUGGUCAUGGCCGAUUGGACACUCUCAACUUAAGCAGCCUACCACACCCUACUUUGCAUUAAACAGCAAUCAGGUUCAGGCAGGCAGGCUGUUGCUCUCUCUCUUUUUCUCACUGCAAUUGACACUGAUAAUUCUCUUGUUUGUACUAGUAUCUGCCGCUUUGCAGUCAACAAAGAGCUGAGCUGUGUGCCGAUUCCACAACCCACAUGCUGCAUGCCAAGUUGCCAACAUAUAUUGCCAUCGCCAACCACCACCCGGGCAGCACCUUCCUUUCUGACACUGAGUAUUCAGUGCAGGUCGCAACACAGCAAUAAAGGCUAGAACUCUAGGCUUAGGCUGCUCCUUGGAUUCACACACGCAAUGAAGCAGCAGGUUUUGAGCAAUGCCCAUGGCGGCAGGAUCUCCUCGCCAUCGGUGGCCGCGCGAACCAGGGUUCCAAGAGCAGCAGCAGCAGCAACACCCAUCAAGGAAGCUCCUUCGUCUCCAGCUCCGGCACCCGCCACCCCUCCUCGGGCCAGAAGGCUUGUGAGGGUGAGCAGCAAGGAGGAGAGGGUGGUGACUGGUGCAGCUGCAAAGCCAAAGAGGCACAAGGAGGAUUCCGAGGAGGAGACGCGCAAGCUGCGUGGGGAGGUGGAGGCCCUGAGGAAGGAGGUGGAGAGGCUGCAGCUGCUCAACACCGAGCUGGAAUGUGACAAGAGCGACCUGACGCACCAGCUCGCCCUUGCGCGCUGCACCAUCACCCGACUUCAGGAGCAGCAUGACAUCUAUGCGCAGACCGCUGUGGCGCAACGAAACAACCUAAAAGACAGUGCCAUGAGCAAACCACAGCCUCCGAAGCCCCCCUCACCGCCGCCGCCACCACCACCUAGUAAAAUCCUCGGAAGAGCCCCGGCACCGCCUCCUCCCCCUCCGCAACGUGGCACAAUAGGCACAGUGAACAAGGCAACCGCGUUAGUUGAGAUGUACAACUCCCUGAACAAGCGUGACACCAAGAAAGCUGUGACUGUCAGUGCUGCUCAUCACAACAGCAUCGUCGGCGAGCUACAGAACCGCUCCACGCACUUAUUGGCGAUCAAGACGGAUGUCGAAACAAAAGGAGACUUCAUCAAUGGUCUCAUUAACAAAGUUCAGACCACUACUUACACCGAUGUGGAGCAAGUGCUGACCUUUGUUGAUUGGCUUGAUCAACAACUUUCAACUCUGUCGGAUGAAACAGGCGUGUUGAAGCACUUCAGUUGGCCGGAGAGGAAAGCUGAUGCACUCCGGGAAGCAGCGUUUGAAUACCGGGAUCUCAAGUGUGUCGUAACAGAGAUCUCUUCCCUGAACGCCGACGAUGGCAGCCCUACUUCGUGUGAGGCUACUCUGAGGAAGAUAUCAAGCCUGCUGGAUAAGUUGGAGAAGAGCAUGAAGAGAUUAGUGAACCUGAGGAGCUCGGUGAUGCCGUGCUAUAAACAGUUUGGAAUUCCGACUGAAUGGAUGCUUGAUUCAGGGAUUGCUUCGAAGAUGAGGGUGGCAUCAGUAACACUGGCAAAGGUGUACAUGAAAAGAGCCCUCAAGGAAAUAACAGCUUAUACAGGAGGAGGGAAUGAGGCUGCUCUUGUCGCUCAAAGCGUGCGUUUCACAUAUAGGGUUCACCAGUUUGCGGGAGGACUCGACAGUGAAGCGAUGCGCGCCUUUGAAGAGCUAACGCAACGUUCUCGGUUGACUGCUGUUUAGCUACUAGAUGAAAUGAUUGUCGAUGAGUGAGACGAAACUAUUGACGAUAUAUAUAGCUUCUCAGAGUACAAAUUAAUGUCACGGUUUUCGUAUGCAUGUAGUCUACUAGUUUACCUGAAUUGAUCAAUAAAUGUAAUUUGUACUGCUACUAUUCUACGCGGCACCCCGAGCUUGGGAACAAGGGAUGGAGAGACAUAGAUUAUUUCAGUUCUACUGAAGACUUUGAAGUAUACUUGAAAAAGGUAGACACAAACUUUUUGUGCUCCAAAA